CAUGCCAAGCGAGAGAGAGGCGCUCAUACUGAAGGAGGCAGAGGCAACAGCUACAGCAACAGCACGCUCCUUCUCCAUCCUCCCUCUCCGUUAUUUUCCUCAUAAUCUCACAUCCACGCCGGGUGGAGGGGGGGAGAUGGAGGGCGCCCUGACCCGCUGAGGGAGCACUGUCUGAAGGAGAAGAAGAGAAUCUUACAUGAGCCCCCACCUCCUCCAGUGAACGACCGGAUCAUUUUGCUUUUCUUUUCUUUUCUUUUCUUUUUUUUUUUUUUUUUCCUGGGACAAUAAACCAACAAGGAGUGAAAGGGAGGUGUGUACACGGGAGGCUGUCGGCGGGGAAAGGGAGGGUGGGCGAAGGCGAGAAAAAGAGGGGGAUGAGUGGCAGGUUUGGUACAGCUGCUGAUGCCAGGGUGUCAGAGUGAGACGGAGACAGACUGAGGGCGACCCGAGGAGGAAGAGGAGGAGGAGGAGGAGGUGGAGAGGGAGGAGGAGGAGCGGCACGUGUGGAACAGUGUCUGCAACUUGUGGACCCAGAGGAGAGAGGAAAAAUAGAUUCACAUACGCACACAGCUGGACAGAUGAGGAGGCAUCAGGGACCACACUUCAGUCCUGGGUGUAUGGUGCACUGACCCUGCCUGCGACAGGCGAGGAGUCAGAGGACCAGGGCCAUGAUUGGCUCUCCUGGCCCUGGUGGGCGUGCCUUAGUGCCAUGGCCGAGGAUGUGGCGGUGGGUCCUGGGUGCUUCUCUGGUUGCCAUGAUAACCCUGACGCUGGCAGGAAGUAGCCAGGCCUGUCCGCCACGGUGCGAGUGCUCAGCUCAGCUAAGGUCAGUGUCGUGCCAGCGGCGGCGGCUCACCAAUAUCCCAGAGGGCAUCCCAACAGAGACACGGCUUCUGGACCUCAGCAAGAACCGGCUUCGCUGGGUGCAGGCAGGCGACCUGGCACCGUACCCGCGGCUCGAGGAGGUGGACCUCAGUGAGAACCUCAUCGCCACAUUAGAGCCCAAUGCCUUCGCCAGCCUCCAGAAUCUCAAAGUGCUGAAGUUAAGGGGGAACCAGAUGAAGCUGGUGCCCAUGGGGGCCUUCGCCAAGCUGGGCAAUCUGACCAGCCUGGACCUGAGCGAGAACAAGAUGGUGAUUUUAUUGGACUACACCUUUCAGGAUCUGAAGAGUCUGAAACAUCUGGAGGUGGGAGACAACGACCUGGUUUAUAUAUCCCACAAGGCAUUCUCAGGGCUGCUGGGGCUGGAAGAUCUCACAAUAGAGCGCUGCAACCUGACAUCCAUCUCCGGCCAGACGCUGUCUUACCUGCGCAGCCUGGUCACCCUUCGCCUCCAUCACCUCAGCAUCAUCGCCCUGGAGGACCAAAACUUCCGCAAGCUCUCCAACCUGCGGGGUCUGGACAUCGAUCACUGGCCGUACCUGGAGUACAUUUCUCCUCUCAGUUUCCAGGGCCUGGACCUCCACUGGCUCUCCAUCACCAACACUAACAUCACCUCCGUCCCCUCCGCUUCCUUCAAGAACCUGGUGCACCUCACCCACCUCAACCUGUCCUACAAUCCCAUCAGCACACUCGAGCCCUGGGCCUUCAAGGACCUGCUGAGGCUGAAGGAGCUCAUCAUGGUAAGCACGGGGUUGAUGACGGUGGAGCCCCAUGCCUUUGGAGGCCUCCGACAGAUCCGGGUGCUCAACUUCUCCUCGAACGACCUGCAGACUCUUGAAGAGGGCUCCUUCCACUCUGUCAACAGUCUGGAGACCCUCAGAGUGGACGGGAACCCCCUGAUGUGUGACUGCCGUCUGUUGUGGAUCCUGCAAAGACGCAAGACCCUCAACUUUGACGGCAGAGUGCCGGUGUGUGCGGGGCCGGUGGAGGUGCAAGGGGUCAGCCUCAGCGCCUUCACCGAUUCUGCACUCUUCGAUCACUUUACAUGCCAGAAACCUAAGAUACGCAACCGUAAGAUGCAGCAGGUGAUCGCUCGCGAGGGCCAGCAAGUGAGUUUUCUGUGUCGAGCUGAAGGGGAACCCGUCCCCGCUAUUGUCUGGAUUUCCCCACAGCGCCGACGGAUCACAGCUAAGAGUUCAGGGCGCAUUACUGUUCUCCCGAGCGGCACCUUGGAGAUCCGAUACGCCCAGCUCACUGACAGCGGAACAUACAUCUGCAUCGCCAGUAACGCCGGAGGCAAUGACACCUACUUCGCCACGCUCACAGUGCGUGGCCAGCCGCUUGACGCCGCCUCAGCCUUCUUUCUCAACCGCUCGCUGUACAGCGGCGAGUUCUUCAACGACACAAAUCUGAACAGCACGCGCGUUUUCCUCAAGUUCACCUUGGACCUGACCACCAUCUUGGUCUCCACGGCAAUGGGUUGCAUCACCUUCCUGGGGGUGGUCCUCUUCUGUUUCCUGCUGUUGUUCGUGUGGAGCCGGGGACGCGGCCAACGCAAGAACAACUUCACAGUGGAGUACUCUUUCCGGAAAUCUGAACCCGCCACUGGAGGCUCCUCGGGAGGGACCAGGAAGUUCAAUAUGAAGAUGAUAUGAAACAACGCAGCCAGGGGUCCUUCGGGGGAGGCAUGAGCACGUCCCAUAAACGUGUUUGACACACGCAAACACACACAGCCACUGACUCGCAAAGAAGUCUGAAAGCACAUAAUGAGUUCCCGUCCAUGGCUCUAUUCUAAAUUGAGCGCCCACAUCAAAACUGGAGCCAUGAGAUGAAUUGGUUUGAUUUGUGAUUGAAAACAAGAUGACCCUGAUCUCUCUGUCUCUCAGUGGUUUUAUUCAGCAUGUGGUGAAAAGCAUGUUUGAAAAGGAAACAAUUGAUAGAUUUGAACAAGCUGCUGAUCCGCCAUGCUUGAUAAGAAUAAUAGCGUUAAGAAUUAUAGGAAAAACGUUUUGGAAAUUGGCAUGAUUCUUGAGCUGUGGGGUUCUGGUAGUCCUGUCUCUCGGUGACACUGUUUGAGAAAAUGAAAUAAAAUCCCUGUUUCAUUUAAAAUUCCCUCGACUGUACUGAGUGCAGUCAGGGAUUUUACAGGAAAUGUAUUACAGGGAGACCUGGCUACCACCCAGUUAUAGAGUUUGUAGCUGUGCUCUCCUAAAAUCUGCCUUGUUAAGAUUCAUGCAUGUAGAAAUGCAGUUAGGAGAUAAGUUGUAAGUCCAGACCGCUGAAUAAAACAAAUUGUUUUGAAGACAGUUUGAAUAUGUUUUUCCACAAAACAUUUAACGGCCACCUUUCUCUAUUCUGACCACGGCUGAACAGCGAGGAGGGCGUCAAACACUUCAUCAGCAUUAUCACAUGCCAUUUGUUCUAACCAGCUGCAGCCUGAGAUAUGUAAAAUAAGGUAUGAUAAUAAGGAGCGAUGGAUUCGGAUCAUUCACAUAAAAGAAACCAGAUUUGGCCCUGUCUUCUUUGUGAGAGUUUGCGACAACGUUAGCUGUGUGAGUUUGGGACGAGCGCGCCGACCGAGAGCUGCUGUGGCGGCCUGUGGCCCGGAGGGUUUGGUUAGGAAGUCAAGCCCGCCAGACACGGGCCGCCGCGGUAGCCAUAGCAACCAACACAAGAGAGAGCAAGGGGGACGAGGGCUGGUGGGCCCCGGAGGACUGGUGGGUGGGAGGGGAAAUAAGAGGUCGGUGUGACCUCUUCUUCCUCUCCCCUACAUCACAAGCCCCGCUCACGCUCGGUGAUCAACAGGAGAGGGUUUCGACCCGCCGGGCUCCACCUUCCCGUCCCCCCGCCCUCUGCUGUGUUGGUCGACGCCUGACCUUCCCAGCGCUGCCCGGGGGGAGCAGCCUGGAGAGUCGGGUCACACUCAGAGGUAGACAGAGGACACAGAGCAACACUGUAGGGGUCUUCACACAAACACACAGCAAAACACACACACACACACACACACAUAGCACCUUUUCUCAGGAGAAGUGAAACCCUGCAGAGUGUAACCACACAUAACUCGCUCUGCGUGAAUAUGACAUUCCAGCAAUACUGUAUGUAGAGCCAUAAAGCCAAAAUUCGUUCUCUAAAAGAGAAGCGAUGUGAAUUUGUGAGUGACGAAAACGAAGCCAUAGUAUGUGUAGCCUUGUUUAUUUAUUGUUUUUGAUACAGUAACAUGUGCAUGAUUCAGUUAUACAAUAACAAUUAAUGCUACUGCCAUUUUACAAGCUGUCGUGAUGUUCACAAGACCAUCUGCUGUCGCCAGGCUUGCAUAAAGUUGCACCCCAACACACACACACACACACACACACACACACACACACACAUACAUACACAGAAGCACCUCAAGGUUAUUUGGAUUGAUACAACAAUCGCAGUCACACACGACUAAACCUACAAAUUGAUAAAGCAGUGUGGCGCUGACUGCUCUCUCUCUGUCUCUGAGACGGUCGGUGUGCGAAUGUCUCUGCCCCCCUAGCCCAGUGCAUCCCCCGUCCUCCCCCCUUCCGCUACCCCCCCCCACACACACCCCCACACUGGGUCCUCCUUUGGGAGGGGUCCCUGGCUGGAGACCGAGGAAUCAAAAUGUAAAUGAAGUCGUGUUAACCCUACCCACGCCAUGUGCAUCGUAUAGUGGAGAGUAGUACUGUGGUUUUAAAAAAAUGAAGAAAAAAAAAAAUGACAAAAAACUUUCUUUGAAUUGUUCUGUUGUUUCUUGUUUGUCCUCCAUUUUUAAUUUCCUCAGUUGUUGUUCCCCGUGACCUCUUGGCUGUACACCGUUUUAAAGUUCCCCCGUCCUCCGCGUGGGGCCGUUCUGUUCUCAACACUUAAUAACAUUCCCGUGCUGUGGGCCGUGUGUUCGCAUCUCAGUGUGCUUAUCAACGCAAACCAGGCGGAGCAGUAUUUUAAAGAAAACAGACAAAAUCUAACCUCGUGUCGCAGGUUAAAUUGGAGGUGUAAUGAGAAAGUGAAGCGGAAACACCGGUUUGGUUUUAGUUCCUCAACUCAAACUAAAAUGAGACAUUGAUGCAUCGCUGAAUCAAAACUGGUUGUGCCGCACAAACAAUUUCUUAUGUUGAGUUUAUUUGCUGGUGUUUACACACCAGCUUCCAAAUGUGUUCUAAUCAGCUAAAGCCUAAUAUAAGGUAUGAUAAAGCCAAACGUUGCUGUUGAAUAGCUCACUGAUCCAGCAGACAAAGCGAUUAUUAGCUUUGUUAAUAUACGAUCCACCCAUAGCGGAGUGCAAACGAUUGAUUAAACUGCUGUUAAAUAACAACAUAACUGAAUAUUUUACAGCCCUAAAACAGCAAAACAUUAUGCCAGAAAUGCCGAAAUACAUCGUUUUGUUUAAGCUAUUACAGCUUAUGAUGCUAAAAGUAGCCUACUUCCUGUUUACAUAACUGAUUGCUACUGAUUGGACCACAGUAACUUACAGAUCUUUCCUAAUUGGCUAAUCAGUUUUCAAAUUGACCUUUGUUAAAGCUGCUUAAUCACUAGCUUGAAACUAGCUAGUUAGUUUUUACUUGCACUGACAGUGGAGCUUCAAACUGCUAGCAUAGAUUAUGUUAGCUUGCUGACAUAUGAAUAAUGGAUUCGACCUAUCUGACACUUUAAUCAAAAUAUUUUUAAUUUUGAGCCAAAAAUGUUAAACUAAAUGGUUGAGUAACAGUCAGGUUAGCCAGGUGAGCAUGUUUCCAACUCUGAAUCAAUCACCUCUGAAACACACACACUUCAUCAUGUUUGCAAAUAAUGAUUAAUCAAAGUCAGGCACUAACAGUUAAAGAUCUAACAUGCAACAUUUAGGCUUUAAAAUAUCUAAAAAUGACAAAACCUUUGAUUUAUAUUUUAUCGAGUUGAGUUACAUUACUCCAAAUGUUUCCAACAAUGUUAAAAAAGAUAAAUGAUUUUUAUUCAAGGUGUUGCGUUUUCAUUCGGUCUUCUGUCCCUCUGGUUAAAUACCAGAUGAUUCACGAGAGACUGUGGAAGGAACGAUGCGUGACUAAACAUAAAACUUCAAACCGUCUCCUCGUCUGUGAGCCUGAGUUCUGCCCGAGUCGCGCCGGGUAGAUUUUCAUCAGCAACGGCGGCUGAUUAAUAAUGAAGACUCUCACGAUCCCGCACAAUUUUACAACUUCUAUAAAACACACACAGUGUGUUUUAUAGAAGAUUAUUGCUGCAUUGUUUGCUCUCCUUCCCAGAACUGUAGAGGAUGUAACUCAUGAUGCUACAGUGACUUCCUGUUGACAUAGUAGAUCGCUGUACAGAUGUUUUUGGCGACACGUGAAGAAGAAGAUUUACUCAGUCGCCCAGUUUAAAGGCAGCUACUCAAUAAGAACCUGGGAAGGACUUACAGAUUUACUGACAGAAUCACUGAUUUAAAGCACAAGCACAACACUGUGUACAGACAAGUUUAUGUUUUGGAAACAGUUCACCCCGAGGUAAGGUAAGACACUCUCAAAACUUUCGCAAAAUAAAUCCGGCAAACUCCAUUUUUUUGUCCCUUGCGAGGGAUGAUGAAACCACGGCUUCUGUGUCAGGAUGAAUAACUGAACAGCCGUUAAAGAUUCAUGAGGCCGAAUGAGAAUAGAUGAGCAAACUGGCCUGGUUUUUCAAUGCCGUCUUUAAUGGUAUCAGCAGCCAUUUUUUUGUGUGUGCGUGUGUGUUGAGAACAGGACGUCGCCUUUCGCGGGCAUCUCCUCUCCCCCGAGCCGACCCUCUCGUCUUUCCAUUCCCCCGUAUUUUCUCAGUGAAAACUAGGUUUAGAAGACAGUGCGAAUGUCUGUCGUGAGUGUCGAUGGUGUUCUCGUGUAAACAUCAAUCACAAAAUGUAAGCGUAGAUGAGGGUGUGUUUCAUUUUUAUUAUCCUUCUUCUCCUUCUCCCCCCUCUUUGCCGUCCUCCUUCCCUUCUCAUUCCCCCUGUUCCUCUUUAACAUUUACAAAUCCCCUUGUUGUCCCUGUUCACAGUAUUAGGCUGGAAUAUGGUUGUGUGGUAGUAGACACGUGUACUGUGUGGUCGGUGAGUCAGUGUUGUCGUGUUAUGAUUUGUUGCUCCUGGUGAUGCCAUCGAAAACACGGAGCAGCGAUCGGAUCAGUGGAGACAAAAGAAGAAAGGGGUGACCCAGGUUCCCUAAAAGAAAAAAACAAAACAUUGGUUCCCAUUUCACGCCCUAAACCCAUUCCUGAAGAACCAUCUCAAGAACUUUCCCGCUCUGCACAGUGCCACUUCUGGGAUCUUUCUCUGGAUAUGAAAACCCACGGACUGUACUGUAUGUAUUUUCUCUGAUGAUAUCUUGUCACACUUUUAACUUCUGUAGAAAAAGGGGGAAGGGCGGGGAGGUUUGUUGUGAGACCGUGACCACGAGCCUACACGUUCUGCCUACGGUGAGUCAUUUCGACGAGGAGCGAAGCAGUCCAUUCACCGAAACCGACAUUUUCUUGUUGGCCAGGGUUAAAAAUAAGCGCUUCUCAAGUCCCUGAAAGCCGAAAGGAACUGAUUUUACUUCGAGCUGAAUGCUCUUUGAAAGAAAUCUGUCCCCGUUAUCAGAGGCCUCGAUGAAUAUGUUCAACAUUUAAAUCGACAGAGCCGACAGUCUGCCAAACAACUGUUCUAGAAAAAAAAAAAAGAAAAAAAAACAAGGUGCCAGAACACGCAGUUUUGCAGCCAAGCCAUCGGCUCAGUUUGGCUCACAGACUCUCAGUGUUUGCAGAUACACCAGGCGAGCCGAGCUUGAUUCGUCUUGAGAAAGUAGGCUGAGCGAUCCCCCCCUGCUCCCUCCUCUGGUUCGUCCUUGCCUGGGGUUGGUGUACUGUAGUCUAGACGCCCCAUUUAAAAACAGCAGCAGCGACCUCACUAUUAGGAUUCCUUCCACCGGGGGAACUCUUCAAAAGACGCAGGCCAGAAAUAAGACAGAACCGGAGACCCACCGGAAUUUUGUCCAGUUUCAGUCUCACCUUGAUUCUGCAUUUCUGACCCCAUAUUGGCUCUAAAAUCAUUUUCCAUCUCCAGCUCCGCAUCCUGUGGCUGCUAGUUGUGAUUGGAUUCGACUCGGGUUGAGUUAUCAGAGCUGAGAGGAGCAGUAAUGGGAUGACGGAGGGGGCGAGCUCGGCUGAUUGGGUGAUUACUUGGCUUAUUAGGCCCAUUUCCGUAACAGACUUCUCAGAAGAGCGUGUCGUGCAAAUACUACUGUAGUUGUUUCGGCUUCAUACAUGCAGCGGUUUCCUCUAAUUGGACGCAGAGAGACAUAAUUGGACAUGAAGCAGGGCUUUUGCUGAAGGGGGUUGUUUAGAGCACCUUGGACAGAGAACUGCUUCAUCUUAACCUUGACCAGAUAAUAGCAAGCGCCCCCCCCCAACCCUCCUUUCUAUAUGACAACACUGACCCCAAGUGGUCGAUGUGAGUAACAGCAACACGUUGGGAACCAUACUGCUGAUUCCGAUAGUGGGAAAAUAAAUCAAGAACAGCUUUGGGGUCUCAUACAAGUGAAACACUGAAGAGAGCAAAUUGACUGUUAGCUUCACAAAGUCAGUGCUUCUUCACUGAUUUCCUUAUAGCCAUAGGCGCGACCUCGUCUCCGCUCUCGGUGUCUGGUGGUGUCGUUUGAAUCGGAUCAGAAAAACAAAACAAACAAAAAAAAAAAUACCAACAGAUGUGACCAAGUUUGCAGACGAAUACUUUCUGAUGCUGUCGCCUCCAUCCCCUCUCCCUCCAGUCUCACCACCAUCACAACAACAAACAAUAACAAACUAACCAUGAUGAGAAAAUGUCGCAGUAUCUUUCUUUUCUCUGUAUAUGACUGAGAGCUGAUCAGGAAAAAAAAAAGAAGAAGAAGAAGAAAAAAACGAUCGGUUCCUUUCCGGAGAAAAAAAAAAAAAACUCAAACAAACAAACAGACAAACUGUUUUUCUUGUGGUCUUAGCAGGUUUAAUCUAUGCAUGCCUUUUGUAUACAGUGAUCGGUCUUGCCAAACUCUCGCCUACACUUGUACGGAGAGCUGUGGGUGCCCUUGUUGCUGGCCAUGGGACUGGUUGAAACAAACCUGCUGCUCAGAGCAAGUGAGGCCAUUCUAGUGUUUUCUUAAAGGCGCACUAUGUAAAGUGUUCAUUGUAAUGUUUACAAUAUUAGCAAGGUAAUCACACAAAAAUGUUUGAAUUAGAAAAUAAGGUUUGCCGGAACAAAAGGUGGCAGGGUCCGCCACAUGUAAACAAAGAGAGUUUGUUUGAUUAGUUUUGACUCGGCGCCAAACAAACGAAAACCUUCUGAUUAGAAUUUCCUCCCCCGAAAAACUGCAUAGUGCACCUUUAACCUGGUAAGAGUCAAAGACAGGAUCCAGUAGUCGCCUGCUCUCGUAUUCCUGAGUGUGCAUCUCACUAAAUGAAGCGUCUGUUUACUCGGGAUGAUUGUACUUUUACACAUAUCUUUCCACGCACACAGGAUCCACUCAGAUGUAGAUAAAACAUGAUUGCUAUUCCAAGCAGGGCGGUGGGACUGAUCAAUGCUGUAUGGGGAUAGGAUUAUUCAUGGCAUACUUUCAUUGAUCUGUCUUUUGAACCUUGUCAGUCUCCCACAAUCCCUCUGGGGCGGAGAGGAGAAGGGGGGGGGGGGGGCGCACAGAGCUCUUACAGAACCUGGUUGGCACUCAUUCCUAGGUUUCCACAUUUACCCUUUUAAGAUGUUUUUCCUCUUUUAAGAACGAGAUGGUGCCAGAUUUCGACUUUCCAGGUCUGAGCCGAUGUGACGCCCUCCUGCUCCUCAGAGGAAGCUGUAGUUUGGUGUAGCUCUGUGUUUGUUGGAGCCCUCUAAUGGAAAAUAUCGAAGUUUACAUCACAAGUUUGGCUGGGGUAAACUUACACUCUCCUCUCUCUCUCUCUCUCUCUCUCUCUCUCUCUCUCUCUCUCUCUCUCUCUCUUUCCUCCUUGUCUCUCUAUCAACUUGGCACCGACCUCGUUAAAACAUUUCUCAACAUUUGUCAGCUUUCAGUUGGUUUUUUUUUUUUGCACUGAUGCAUAUUUGUUGCCCGUCGACACGGGCGUUACUGACAUCCUGAAACCUAGGAAUGAGUGCUGAGCGCUCCAGACAAACGCAGAGCUCACACAAAGACAAGCUGCCCGGCUCGUCCAGUGAUCAAUCCUUAAAAGACUGACUCACGAUAGAGACUGCUGUCCGAACACGAACAGAAUCUGGACUGCACCCCGAAUAAUCAAAGACAUUAUAUUUUGCACCGGUGGAUCCUUGGAUGUGAAGAACAGAGAACUGUACAUACUAGAUCUAUUAGCCAUAUCAUGUCAUCUGAUCUGUAGACCUCCUUGCCAUGUCUGACAGAGAACAAUGACUGUUGAACUGUAAAUAGUGUAGGUAUAGUAAUAUAGGAUAUAACUGCUGCUUCUUUUCUCCAGGGAUCGCCUCGUGUUUUGCUCAGUCCCAUGGCUGCUUGGUCUCAAAAGGGAGGGAUGAGACAAUAAUGUACUUGUCUAUAAUAAAAAAAAAAACACACACACACACGAGUUCUUUUUUUUUUUUUUAUUUCAAUGUUAAUGUUUUAUAUACCGUCUGUCUUGUAAAUGAGCUCCUUUUGGUCAUAAAAGCAUGAUGUGACUCUGUC